AGGCAGUUCACUUUCCCAAUCCCUACGAGUAACACGGAACAAUCGCAAUGCCCACGUUGGAUCUUUACUACAUGCCCAGCCCCGGUGCCAGUCGGGCUGUGGUCAUGACUGCCAAGGCUGUCGGAGUGGACCUGAACAAAACGGUCGUGAAUGUCAUGGCACGGGAACAACUGAAACCAGAGUUCAUCAAGAUCAACCCACAACACAUCAUUCCCACCCUUGUUGACGAUGGAUUCGUCCUGUGGGAGUCGCGUGCCAUUCUCAUUUAUCUGGCGGAGAAGUACGGCAAGGAUGACUCUCUCUACCCCAAGGAUCCUCAAAAGCGGGCUCUGGUCAACCAGCGUCUCUUCUUCGAUUUGGCCACUCUGUACGACGGUUUCUCCAGCUACUACUACAAAUUUCUGCACACUGGCAAGUUCGGUCCCCCAGAGGCCUUUAAGAAGCUCGAAACUGGAUUUGAGUUACUCAACACCUUCCUGGAGGGACAAGUCUAUGUGGCUGGCAGCAAUCUCACCAUUGCGGACAUUUCCAUUCUGUCUACUAUCUCCACAGUCGAAGUGGUGGAUUUCGACUUGGCAAAGUAUCCGAAUGUGGCCAAGUGGUACGCAAAUGCCAAGAAAGUGACGCCCGGCUGGGAGGAGACCCUGCCAGACCUUCUAGCCAUGAAACCCUUCCUACAGCCUUAGAAGGAUUAAGAGCUUAUAUAAUUGUUAGUUAAUGUUUUUCAAAUGAGUAAAAUAA